AUGUCCCUCCAAUACUCCAUUCAACGUAUCCCCACCCACUCCCACUCCCAUUCCACAGACCCCACCCUCCUCCUCUUCCUCGCCGGCAAAUUUUCCGCCCUCCGUCUCUCCGCUCUCCUCGAAUCCCCUGAAUCCUUCGCCUCCACCUUCGAGAAGGAAUACCAAUUCAGCUCCUCCACCUGGCUAACACGUCUCUCACGUCCUAAAUUCCACUACUUCAUCGCGACCGCCCAUUCCCACUCCCCAUCCACGCCACUUUCAUCCCAAACCCUCGAAACUGGUGUUUUCGUCGGCAGCGUGCAACUCUUCGGACCCCAUCCCUCAUCAUUUUUCACUCUCCCAUUAAGUGGAGCUCCACCCCCUCUACCCGAUACCGAGGAAUCCAAAUAUCAAAUGACGGCGCUAUACAGCUCGCCCUCACAUCGCGGGAAAGGCCUCGCUAAAAUGUUAAUUCAGGAGGGAGUAGAGACAGCGAAGCAAGAAGCGAAGGAAAAGGGGAUAGAAAAAGUGAGGGUACGAAUUUUUAUUGGUCGAGGGAAUUUGACGGUGAGGAAGUUGUAUCUCAGUGUUGGGUUUGUGGAGACGGGUUUAUGUACGUUGGCUGAGGCGGUAGUGCAAAAUGGUGAUGCGGAAAUUUUACCAGAGGAUGGUGGAUCUGGAGAUCCCGAGAAGUGGUUGAAGAGGGUGGCGUUGGUUAUGGAGUGGUUUGGGUAG